AAGGGUGGGAAAAAAAGCAAGAGUUUCCAAUUAUUUAUUUAUUUAUUUGAUAAAAAUAAUAAUGAAAAAUUUCAGUCGAGUUUGAAUUCAGCAUGUAGACAUGCUGAUUAUACAAAAUCUAUUCUUACUCCCAAGUAAUCUAAAUUCCCAGCGAUUAUCUCCAAGUCUAGCCAUGUCCACGCCCACCAAUCUCAUUGAUUUUUUGGUCAACCAAGCUAAUGGUGUAAAGGGUCUUGCUGAUCUCAACCUCCCAAAUGUUCCUCACCAAUACAUCCAACCUCUUGAGGGAAGAUUACACAGCACCAAAAUUGUCCCUCAUGAAUCAAUACCUAUCAUUGAUUUCACAAACUGGGAUGACCCAGAUGUCCAAGACUCAAUUUUUGAUGCUGCAACCAAGUGGGGUUUCUUCCAAAUCGUGAAUCAUGGGAUACCCAUUAAGGUCUUUGAUGAUCUAAAAGCUGCUGUGCACAGGUUCUUUGAAUUGCCAGCUGAGGAGAAGAAGAAUCUCAAAGAGAACUCGCCCCCUGAUGUUGUGAGAUUGACCACCAGUUUUAGCCCUCACGCUGAGUCCGUGUUGGAGUGGAAGGAUUAUCUGCAACUUGUGUAUGCUUCUGAGGAAAAAAUUCGUGCAUAUUGGCCUGCUAUAUGCAAGGACGAAGCACUAGAAUAUAUGAAACAUUCUGAAGCUUUGAUUAGAAAACUGUUAAAGGUGCUUCUGAAGAAAUUGAACGUGGAGGUGCUAGACAAAGCUAGAGAACACACUUUAAUGGGUGCAAUGGUAUUGAGUUUUAACUACUACCCUGCUUGCCCUGAGCCUGAAUUUGUAGCAGGGGUAGCGCCUCAUUCCGAUGUCACAUCAAUUACUGUCCUUCUGCAAGAUGAUAUCGGUGGGCUUUAUGUAAGAGGGAGUGAUGCUGAUACUUGGAUCUAUGUUCCUCCUGUUGAGGGAGCAUUGGUAAUCAACAUUGGUGAUGCGCUACAGAUAAUGAGCAAUGAAAGAUACAAAAGCAUAGAGCAUCAAGUGGUUCCCAAUAGAAGCAAAACCAGGAUCUCCAUUCCAAUUUUUAUCAGCCCAGCUUUUGAUGCUACUAUUGGCCCUUUGCCAGAAGUGCUGGAGAAUGGAGAUGAACCUAAAUACAAACAAGUUGCAUUCUCUGACUACUUCAACUAUUUCUUUAGCAAGGGUCAUGAUGGGAAGAAAACUAUUGAAUUUGCCAUGAUAUGAUUGUGCUUAUGAUAUGCAGUAUUUUAAAAAGGUUCUUCAAGUCCAGCUGUUCUUUUGGAUUAGCAUGCCAGGAAAACAUAUACCCUGUUCACUUGUUAAAUGUUUUGUGGCAUGCUACAUUGAAGCAGAAUGUGCAUGUACAUGUACUUGGUUGAACAGAAAGAUAGCAAAAUUAUGUAAUAAAGUUAAUAUAAUCA